AUGGAGUUAUUCACCAAAGGAGAAGCCGUUAAGUUAAGGAGCCACCUGGAUAAGUUUUUAGUUGCCGACGACGACCAAGAAACCAUCCGUCAAAGCCGUAAAGGAGAUGCCAAGCGAGCUGUAUGGACGGUAGAGACCAUCGAGGCUAAACCGAAUCUGAUAAGAUUAAGAAGCUGCCACGGCACGUACUUAACGGCGAGCAACAAACCGUUGCUUUUAGGUAUGACCGGUGAGAAAGUGACUCAAACGCACUCGUCUAACAAGCCUAUGGAUUGGCAAACGCAGUGGGAACCGGUGCGAGAUGGUUUCUCGGUGAAGCUGAAGUCUUGGUGCGGCAAAUGGAUGAGGGCUAACGGCGGAACACCGCCGUGGAGAAACUCCGUUACUCACGACGAGCCUCAUACGUCGAAGACCAAGAACUGGUUGGUUUGGGAUGUUAUUACCGUCGGUGGUUCUGAUCUUGAAAACAUGUCUGAUGGAGAUGAGAGCUCUGUUUCUUCUCCAGUUUCUUCACAUAUCUCCGGGUCGGGUCUAGGGUCGGAGCCUGGUUCGCCCGUUUCCGCAAGGUCAAUGAAGAGUAUUGAUCGAUUCGCUGCUGGUUUGAGUUCUAUGUCUCCGAGAUGGUCUGCAAAACCCAAAACAAAUAGCUUCAACCCAAAGGAGAAAACGAGUAGCUUCAACCAAAACGACACAGUAUCAGCAAUGGAGUUUUUCCAGAAAGCUAAAGCCAUUCGAAUGCGUAACAGCCACAACAAGUAUCUAUCCGCAGACGACGACGAAGAAACCGUGACACAAGACCGAAACGGAUCUACCAAAAACGCUCGAUGGACCGUCGAACCGGUCCGCGAUUCCUACCACGUGAUCCGUCUCAAAAGCUGUUACGGUAAAUACCUAACCGCUUCUAACGAGCGGUUCUUGCUCGGAGCCACGGGUAAGAAAGUGAUCCAGCUAAAACCUAGUCGUCUCGACUCGUCGGUUGAGUGGGAACCGGUUAGAGAAGGAUCCAAGAUCAAGCUCAGGACGAGAUACGGUAACUAUCUAAGAGGUAACGGUGGUCUUCCUCCGUGGAGAAACUCCGUGACGCAUGAUAAUCCUCAUCUGUCGGCUACUCAAGAUUCCAUCUCGUGGGAGGUUGAUGUUGUUGAGAUCUUGGUUAAUCCUAAAGUCACGGCGGAGACUGAGUUCACUCCGUCGCCGAAGAAGCAGCCUUCGCCUCCGCCGCAUAGGAGGCCAUCGAGGACUCCGUCUUCUCUUUCAGAGAGAUCCGAACAAGAUACGGUUGUGUCUCCACCGAAAUCCGAAGGGAGAACGAUAUACUACCACAUCGCUGAUGAUGAAGGACACGUGGAGGACGAAUCUGCCGUUGGAUAUGCUUUCACGUUUAAAGGAAACAGCGUGGCGGAGCUGACUCAGACGUUGCGAGAAGAAACGUGCAUGGAGGAUGCUGUGGUGUGCACUCGUAGUCCCUUAAACGGCAAGCUGUUUCCCCUUCGUUUGCAGCUUCCUCCUAACAAUGGAACAUUGAAUGUCAUUUUGGUGCCGUCAAGUGCUAGCCUCUAA